AUGCAGGAGCGGCUCAUGGCCGAGGAAGAGGCAGCCACUUGUCCUGGGGCGAGCUUGGUCCAGAGGAACCGCCCCCAGGCUGUCUCGCCGACGGAUGCGGGCCGGCGCUGCGCCAAGGCUUCAUGGGUUGUGCACGAGGUCCAAGUGAUGUCGGAUCGUGGCGACACCUGA